AUGUGUACGUCCGAGCAACUGGAAAAGGAGAACGGGAAUUAUAAGGGUUUCCUAGCCAGCAUUUUCUCCCGCCCUGACUGCGAAAAACUCGAGAUCUUUCGGAAACUGGGCACCACUGAAAACCCGCUUUCGACUCUGGAGGAUGUCAACACGGCCGACGGUCUACACAGCGCCAAUGUGGAGGUUGCUAGAAUGGAUGCGCAAGCCCUGGAGGAAAGCGCCCUCAAGUUGCCAGCACAACCCUGGACGACGGUUGCCGGGGACGGCCUGGUCUCACACCUGAUCACAGAUUUCUUCGACCGAGACGAGGGCGCACCCUUUGCGAACGCCAUCUCACUCGUCGACCCGGAGCUCUUUGUGAGAGACAUGUCACUUGGAGAUGCCACACACAGCGAGUUUUGCUCUCCGUUUCUUGUUAAUACCAUUUGCGGUCUACGCUCCUUGUUCUCUGAUAAAAUCAGACGUGCGAAUCAGGCCACGGGCACAAAUCUAACCAAGUUAUUUGUGAGCCAGGCCAGACAGCACUUUGAUGUCGAGGCCGAUAACCGCUGCCUCAAGACAGUCCAAGCCCUCUAUCUAUUCUUUUUGUUGACAUGUCAUUUCACCACCGACAGAGCGGGCUCCAUGUACCGCUUGGCAGCCUUGGAACUGCUCGGAAAACUGGAGGUGGAAAAGGUCUUGACUAAGCCCGGGGGUAAGAGUCGUGUGGAUGACGAAAAACGCCGCGCCAUGUACAGGACGUACUGGGGCAUCUUCAACUUUGAGUGCACAGGCGCUGCCAUGAACAUCUUUGGCGCGCCCGUUGGCCUAGAUCAGCCCCCAGUUGUAAGCCGAAUAUCAGCUCUGCAAUACCGCGUCGUGGUCUACAACACCAAUCCCCGAGCGCCGGCAGGGGACGAGAUGGACAUGCGGGUCCGACAAGACCUCCUCUUCCAACUCAAUGCCCUCGAAACCUCGCUGCCACCAGAGUUGCGCUACGAGACCAACCCCAACCGGCAAACAACCCAAAUAAAAAUCCGCCUCAACAUGGUAGCCUACAACAUCCUGCGGCCCCUCCCCUCCACCACCCCAAUCACCCUCCCAACCCCCACCACCUCCUCCACCACCUCAACCACACCCUCCACCACCACAACCGCCAAGUCCCUCCUCCUCGCCCUCUCCGCGCGCGACAUCCACCUCAUGCACAGAUACCUAACGCAACGCGCGGCGCUCAAAUACCCCCCGGCCCUAGUCAUCCCGCUGUGGAGCGCCGUCUUCACGCUGGUGCCCUUCCUGGCCGACCUGGCACCCACGACAUCUUCGCGCGCGGGUGGGCGCUGGUCGAGGUGUUUGAGCCCGACAUGCGCGGGGUGCGGACGUUCCGGCGCGGGGAUCCUGGCCCGCCGCGUUUUUGACUCUGAGCAACUUGAGGACACGGCCAAGAGGUUUAGUGUCGGUGAUAUCGAUGUCUGUAAGCCAGAUGGGUGUCGAGUUGUGGUCAAGGUGGGGGAAAAUGGAUAUAGCCCCGAGCGGCUAUAUGCAGUAAAAGCGCAGUCGUCCGCGAUGUACGACAGGUUUGAGGCGGCUGGGAAGGGAUUCCGGGAUUUGGAUGGUUUGGAUUGCGAACACAAGUGGGUUGAAUGUCAUGAAAAGGCAAUGUCAGAAUUUGGCAAGGGAGUGAAGUUAUUGGAGGCUUUUGAGAGCGAGGCAGAUAAUCUGGCGGUGGAGUGGGAGUGUACGAUGAUGUUUCCUUUGCCGAAGGUUGCGGUGGGGGGGCCGUUCCCUGGCAUUGAGGAUCGAAACGACUACGAAAACAAUCAUGCUGGCCGGAAUAACCCAAAGCCACCUUAA